AGGCUGCCCGCGACGCCCGCGCUCACAGCCCGUCGUCCGGCGACGAGCCUGAACCCAGCCCCGGCAAGGAGAACGCAGGCUUGCGCGGCGCGCCGCCUCCGCGCCCCCCGCGCCGCCGCCGCCGCGAGUCCAGCUCGCAGGAGGAGGAGGUCAUCGACGGCUUCGCUAUCGCCAGCUUCAGCACGCUGGAGGCGCUGGAGAAGGACAUGGCCCUGAAGCCGCAUGAGCGGAAGGAGAAGUGGGAGCGUCGCCUCAUCAAGAAGCCCCGGGAGACAGAAAACUGCCCAUCCUCAGAGCCCAGUGUGAGCAGACAGCCCCUGGAAGCCAGCAGCCCUGGGCAGGACUUGGAGCCGGCCUGUGAUGGAGCAACCAGGAAGGUCCCACUACAGCCCUCCAAGCAGAUGAAGGUCACCAUAUCCAGAGGGGGCGACCAGAACAGUGGUGAUGACAGUGUCCUUGAAGCCACCAGCUCCUGCUGGAGCCACUCCCAGGACCAGCUCAGUGAUAGUUCGGCGCAAGCAGUGUCCGGGAAAGGCUACUCUUGUGACAGCGAGAGUGGCAUGGAUGACAAGGCUUCCGUGGGCUCGGAGCAGCUCUUUGCCCCAGCGACUGACACAGGUGCAGUACUGGACGAGAGGUCGGAGGUUAGGGCCGGGGCGGCACCCAAGGUGUCAGGUCUGGAACGCAGCCGGGAGCUGAGCGCGGAUCCCUUCCUGCCCGCCGCUACCCUGCCCACUGCGCCGCCCGGGGCGCGGACCAACCCGCUGCUGAAGACCGAAGCACUGCUCCGCCACGCUCCUCCGCCCCGGCCCCCGCAGCCCCUUGGCUCACUGCCCACACAGACGACGCAAACAAGAGAGCCUGCGCCGCUGGGCGCCUUCGCGGGCCCGGGUCAGGCCGCACCUUCCGGCCUGCACCUGCCCGGCCUCAGCAGGAGCAGCAGCGCAGGCAGUGGCGCCCCACUGGGCCUGGGGAAGCACAGGUCGCUAUCGCCGCCAGGGCCAGGCCCCCACCUCUCUACCUCACACCUGGCACUCCGGGCCCAGGUGCACCAGCACCCCGCGGCCAUGUUCGCCGCGCCCACACUGCCCCCUGCCCCGGCGCUGCCUGGCAGCCUGGUGGUCCCAGGACACCCCUCAGAUACCAGCCUGUUGCUCUCCCUCAGCCAGCCAAUCAUGUAUUGCCAGCCUCAUGCGGGGAUUCUGAUUGGUACUUGGUCACAGGCUCCUCUCUUCCCUCCACCCCCCGGCCCGCACCUGGCGAGCGGCCCCCGAGGCCUAGCCUGCCGAAGCAGCAAGUGCCAGAGCACAGAGAGGCCAGCCCCCCUGGGCCCGGGGUCCCUGCUGCGGGCCGAGUUCCACCAGCACACUCACCAGCACACUCACCAGCACACACACCAGCACCAACACACAUUUGGCCCCUUCCCGGGGCUGCCCCCGACUCCGCUCAUGCCGCCUGCCGCACCCCCUCCGUUUGACAAGUUCUCGCCCAGGCUGGACAGCCCCUACUUCCGACAUUCCACUCUCUUCCCGGCCUUCCCCUCUGCUGUCCCGGGGCUACCCACCCUACUUGCACAUGCCAGCCCCUUUGGGUCCCUGCAGGGCGCUUUCCAGCCCAAGACUGCAAACCCGAUCCAGGUUCCAGGCCGAGCCAGUGCCGUCCACACGCUCCUGCAGAAAGCCCCUGGGGUGACUGACCCAUACCGGACGGCAAUCAGGAAGCCAGGGAAGUGGUGUGCAGUGCACGUGCAGAUCGCCUGGCAGAUCCUCCACCACCAGCAGAAGGUGAGGGUGAGGCGGACACAGGCCCUCAGCCUCGCGUGCUGGCACGGGCGUGCACAGCUGCAGCUGGACCCCCACAAGCUGGAGGUGGGCACCAAGCUGGACCUGUCCAGCAGGCCCCCUGCCCCAGGCAUGUUCUCGGGGUCCCACUACCCACAGGACCUGGCCCAGCCUCUCUUCUCCAGCACAGGUGCCACCCACCCUGCCACACACCCGCUGGGCCCCUCUGUCCAUCAUGCCAGCUUCCUGCCUGCCGCCCACCUGACAGACCCUUUCAGCAGAUCGGGCACCUUUGGGGGCCUGGGCAGCCUGGGCAGCCAUGCCUUCGGAGGGCUGGGCAGCCACAUGCUGGCUCCGGGGGGCGGCAUCUUCACCUCCAAGGAGGGCUCCCCCUUGCACAGUCUACCUGGCCCACACGAGGCCUGGAGCCGGCUGCACCGGGUGUCGCCCCCAUGGCCCAAGCCCACUGAUGUGCUGAGCAGCCGCAGUCGGGAGCCCCAGGAGCUGGAGCUGGAGCCAGGCUGCGAGGAGCACGAGCGAGACUUCCUGGAGAAGACGCGCCUGCCUCGGCCCCUGGUGCCGCACGCCCUACUUCUGUGUGCUCCGGAGCCCUGUGUGAAGGACGCCAGCUCUCCGGGGCUGGCGCAGGAGGAUGGCGCCAUGCUGGCUAUGCGCCCACCGUCGCCCUGCAGCCAGGCGGCCCUGGGUGACAGCCUGCACAUGAGCAGCCUCCUGGGCCGCGAGCUCCCACCCAGCACCAACGCCGUCAAGGUGAAGGAGGAGCACGGGGAGGGCACUGCUGCAGGUCCAGGCUUGGGCUGCGACCAUGACCUCAACCUGGCGCUGCACACGCCGCCCCCGCUGGUGGCCGCGCCCGGGGUCCCUGCACGCCCCAGGCCCGCACCGCUGCCUGGGGAGCCCCGAGAGUACCCGGCUCGCACCCCACACGAGGUAGAGGCCCGGUAGCCCCCGCGGAUGCAGCUGGGGGCGCGUUGGGCAGAGUAGGCCGUCGAAACCCUGCUUUGUACUUUCCCACAGGUGAGAAGCGUUUUUAAUGGUUUUGUACUUUCUUAAUUUUGUGCUCCUCAGACGUUUAACCAAAACCUGAUUUCUAGUUGGGGUUUGGGACUCACUGGACUCGGCGCCCUUUCCAGCCCCAGGUCUCGUCUUAUUUAUGGAGAGAGGAGGGCGGCCUUGCCGUCCAUGCACUGUGAGGCCACCAGGCCCGGCCCUGUCCUCCCUCGGCCCUUGGAGCCGAGGCCGCAGGUCUAUAUUAAAGUAAUGGUAGUGUACAAAGCU